AUGUUCCAAUGCUCACAAUGCGAUAAGAGCUAUCAGCGGAAACCGCAUUUGCUCCGUCAUGAGGCAACUCGUAAGACUCAGCGAAGUAUCUCAACAUUCGGGACUAAUGGUCUAACCAAUCUUCCAGAUACUCAGCAGCCCUCUUCCAGUUGUCCUUUUUGCAAAAAGUCCUUCCUGAAACCGGAGGUAACUCGGAGGCAUAGCAAAGCGUGUGCAAAGAAAUACAAUCAACCGUUGCCACCUGCAGCCAAACCAGGCAGAAAAAGGCAAUCUUGUGAUUUAUGUUUCUUUGCUAAAGCAUCUUGCGAUAAAAACUCGCCCUGCUCUCGUUGCAGCUCUCUCGGACGAGAAUGCACCUUUUCUGGGGACCAGACACUGUCUACAGGACCUGGUUCUUCGUCGGCCAUUUCAAUUCCACCAUCCCCAACUCCCCAUCGCAAUACCGCGAGAGGUGGUGGUCCGUUUGCCUUUCUUCGGCAUUUCGCCAACCCGUCUGUCCAUAAAGACAGGCUUGCAAUCGGCGAGACAGCAAAACGCUCCGUUCGAAGGAAUCUGGAAACGCUCAACUCUCAUAUCGAAGAUGCCCUUGUUCCUACUGAUCCCCUAUCGGCUUUUGGUGGUGACUUCCAGUUACCAGACUUCUCUUAUCCUUUCCCAUCGUCUACAGAUGAUUUCUUCUCUCAUUUUUCGCCUGAUGCUCUGUUUCCAUCCAAGCUUUCCACCCAAUUAACUGAGAUCAUGACCGAGUUGGUUGAAACUUCCAAGUCAAUGUGUCUCGGAAAACUAGAAGCUCCACCACCACUUGAUUUUAUGGAACUCUCUACACUUCUAGGGGUAUCUAAUAUUUCCGCCUCUGUCUCUGCAUUCUUCCACUCUCUCCACUGGCAUUUGCCUGUGGUUCAUUUUCCAACGUUUGAUCCCGGCAACGUUUCCAACCCCCUUCUUCUCGCAAUUUUCUUGUCUGGUGCUACAUAUACCUUUCCAUUAGAUGGGGGUACUCUUCCAUCAGGUCUUUUUGACGUGGCGGAAGAGUACAUCUUUCGGAGCAUUGCAAGCCUAGCAGCAGUUCCAUCACCAAAGGACUCUAUGCAUCUUUUAUCUACUGUUCAGCUUAUACAGAGUGCACUCAUUAUUGAAAUGCUUCAGUUUGGGCGUGAUGAUAUGCAAACAAGGCGUCGCAUUCGCAUUGUCCGUCAUCCAUGCCUGGUCUCCACGAUAAGAUCCUUGGGGAUUUUCCAGCUCAAGCGACGGACUGCCCCGAAAGUCUGCGAUGAGAUAACAUGGAAGGUUCUAGUUGCAGAGGAAGUUUGUAUACGAAUCGCCUGCUGGGUCUUCCUUGCUGAUGGAUUCCUUACGGUGUGCUUCAAGAACAACCCUGCAAUCUCGGUCUUUGAAAUGGAUUGCCACUUUCCAUGGAGUGCUGGGCUAUGGGAGGCCGAAAGUGCAACAUCUUUUAGCAAAAUUGCCGUAGCACACUCAGCCGACCUCCCACUUCCCCCACUGAGAGAUGUGGUCACCCAGCUCCUCGAAACACAAAAUGAAGUCUCAAUACCAUGGAGUCUUUCAGUGUCUGUGGAGCAUCUUCUUAUUCUAAUAUACGCCAUCAACUCUCUCGCAUUCCAGACAAGAGCAGGAUUGUUAAGAUACCUAUCGGUAGACAAGAUACGACGCGCAUCAGCGAACUGGAAGCGCAUCUGGGAUGCUGUCACUGGGCUCUUGGACAAGGAUCAAUUCUUUCAUAUUGGGUACCCGAAGCAUGCCCAAGAGCUUUGGUGGCUACUGAAUGCUACGCUAGAAGUUUCGAACAAGUCCGAUGCUACUUUUAAAUAUCUGGACAACACUGCAACCGAUGACUUGGGCAAUUUGAAUGAAUUCAUUCAAUGGUGUUACCAAAGUGCGCAAUGA